AAAAGCGUCUAGCCAAGCUCUAUUUUUAGGGCGACGUAAUGAAAUGCCAUCUGACGCUAACGCCGAUAAAAGCGAAGUGCUGACACGCGCACAUGAAGCGAAGGCGCACAGCUCUGUUCGGUCGGGUGAACAGUGCAACCGGAGAUGUCCGUCGGAGGCCACGACACGGCAGAAUAACAAAUCCGCUCGGAAAAUUAAGAGGUCGCCACGAGUCGCUCAUAAAGAACCGUCAUCGCGGCCAGAGGCUAGACGCAUAGAGACUUUUGAAGAACACGCACGAUGCUCACCAAGUUUGCCUUUCUCGCGGCGACGCUCGUCGUAGUCGCCUGCGAACAUGACGACGACACGCUACUCGCCAAAGCUCACAACCAGUUCGCCGUGAACCUGCUGAAGCACCUUGCGACGCAGGAUACCUCGUCCAACGUCUUCUUCUCUCCGACUAGCAUUGCCGCUGCAUUCGGCAUGGCCUACGCCGGUGCCCGGGGAAGCUCAGAGGCCGAGCUCGGGUCCGUGCUCGGUCAUACUGCCGUUGGCCUCACAGACCGAGCAACAGUGCUCGCGGCCUACAAGAACCUGCUCGAACUCUCCGUAUCCUCUAAUGUGACACUGCAUGUGGCCAACAUGGUCCUCGCGCAGAACGGCUUACCUGUAACCGAUAACUACAAGCAGCAGCUGCGCGAAGUCUUCGACGCGGAGCUCCGGUCGGCCGACUUCGCCAACGAAGGUCCCAGGGUGGCGGCCGAAGUCAACGCCUGGGUGCGUGAAAAGACCAGGGGCAAGAUUUCUGGCAUCUUGCCUGAAAGUCAACCGCUGGACAUCGUCCUCUUCAUCCUGAACGCCGUCUACUUCAAGGGCACCUGGGCGAGGAAGUUCGACGUCGCCGACACCGUGAACAAGCCCUUCUUCAACCUUGGCACCACCGAGGUGAGCAAGCCGGCGAUGCACCUCAGGAUUCGCCUUCCUCACACCCGAAUCGAUGCCCUGCACGCGUCCGCUGUGGAGAUCCCGUACGAGGGCGGCAAGUUCAGCAUGGUGGUCGUGCUCCCGGACAGUCUCACAGGUCUUCAGACGCUGAGGGAGGGCCUGUCGGUCGCCUCUCUCGAAGAUCUCGGCAGCAAGCUGCACACAAAAGACGUCAUACUCCGGCUGCCCAAGUUUGAGAUGACCCUGAGUUACAACUUGGUGAGCGCAAUGAAGGCACUCGGACUGAACUCCGUGUUCGGAAGCUCGGCUGACUUCAGCGGAAUCACCGAGGGUAUACCCGUCUACAUAUCGGAUGCCGUGCAUAAAGCGGCCGUCAAGGUUAACGAGGAGGGAACUGUCGCCGCCGCCGUUACAGGACUGUCCUUCAUGCCGAUCUCGGCUCUCAAUGCCCCACCACCACCCGUUUUGUUCACUGUUGAUCGCCCUUUCUUGUACUACAUCAGGGACAAGAACACCAACCGCAUCCUCUUCAUCGGCGAAGUCCACAGUCUUUGA